AUGACGGUCUUCGCCCAGCGCCUUGUGGAAGCGAAGGGUGGGCACGUGGAAGGCAUAGCAGCCUGGCACAGCAGCGGCCGCCCGCUGGCAACCUUCGACCUGUUGGAAGACGAACUGGAGAGGGCAGCUUGGGCUGGAAUCCCUCCGAAAUCUGCGCAGUCCCAGGAGUUCACGACUUUGAGCCAAUGGUACCGUGCCAACUCUCCCCCGCGUGUGCCUGAUGACACCCUGUCUGGAUGGUACUUCGACGGACAGCCGCGUCCAGACUCGAGUCAGCCCGGCACCACGGAGCAGUACCACAUCGGCUCCUUUUUAGGCCCCCGCUAA